AGAAAAUUGCGAGUUAAUUGAUUACUGUGACGAUAAACCAUGCAGUAAUGGCCAUUGUAUUUCAAUAUAUAAUGGUUUCCAGUGCGUAUGUCCUCAAGGAUUGACAGGAAUUCGUUGUGAAAAUGAUGUUAAUGAAUGUUUAAUGAAUCCAUGUGGGCGAGGAACAUGUAUUAAUGGGCAUAUGCAAAUGAUUUUUUCAAGAAAUCCUCGAAACAAUGGGUUAUUGUACGGUAGCUAUCAGUGUAAAUGCCCCGCGGGUUUUCGUGGCAAACGAUGUGAUAUUCCAACAAAUCCUUGUGAUUCUUCUGUAUGUGAAAAUGGUGGGCGAUGUUUUCCAUAUCGCGAUAAUUUUUAUGCUUGCGAAUGCCGUCCAGGAUUCACUGGAAGACAUUGCGAAGUUAAUAUAGAUGACUGUUCUGGUAAUGUGUGUAUGAAUGGUGCUACUUGCGUCGAUGGCGAAGAAGGCUAUACUUGUUUAUGUCUCAGUGGAUUCUCAGACAUCGACGAAUGUACGAUGGGUAAUCAUCUUUGUUUAAAUGGCGGUACUUGUAUAAACAAAGCUGGAGGAUAUAAGUGCAUUUGUGUGAAUGGUUGGGAAGGCGAAAAUUGCUCAAUCAACAAAGAUGACUGCGUCGAUGCACUUUGCGAAGCUGGCAGUACAUGCGUUGAUCAUGUUGCAAAGUAUACAUGCGAAUGUCCUCCUGGCAGAAUUGGUCUAUUUUGUCAUAUGGAUGACCCUUGCCUGUCAAAUCCCUGCAAGGCUGGCUCAGAAUGUGAAACAGAUACUUCAAAUGGUAAAUAUAUCUGUACAUGUCCUAAAGGAUAUACUGGCGAAGAUUGUUCUCACGACAUUAAUGAAUGUGAUAUGGAAUCCACCGUGUGUUGGAAUGGUGGUACAUGCGUUAACACCCCAGGAUCCUGGUAUUGCCUUUGUCCGCCAGGGUAUACGGAUUCAUGGUGUAUGACGCAUAUCGAUCAAUGUAAAUCAAAUCCGUGUCAAAAUCAAGGGACAUGCUUGGAUUUAGGGCCAACAUUUAAAUGUGUAUGUAUGUCAGGAUUUGACGGCGAUUACUGUGAAGUGAAAUGUCCUGAAGGUUUUGAAGGAGAAAAUUGCGAACGUAAACAAUUUAUUGGAUGUAAUUCAUCGGAUUGCUUGAAUGGUGGAAUUUGUUUCAAAGGUUUUUGUCGAUGCUCGAUUGGUUAUACUGGUGAUCGAUGUGAACAAAAAUCAGAUCCAUGUUUAUUUAACGGUUGUUCGCCAAACUCAGUAUGUGUUCCUUCAACGAAUGGAAUAAACUAUCGAUGUGAAUGCAAGACGGGUUUCUCAGGGCUAGAUUGUCGUCAAGAAAUCAGUCAAUGUGCUAUGAAUCCUUGUCAACAUGGCGGUGUUUGUACUGACCACACGGGUGGUUUUAUUUGUUCUUGUAAUGCUGGUUAUACUGGUGAUAGGUGCCAGAUAAACAUAAAUGACUGUGCACAUAAUCCAUGUUUGAACGGCGGUACAUGCAUAGAUGAAGUUAAUUCAUAUUCAUGUCAUUGUUUUCCUCCUUUCGAUGGUGAUCGAUGCCAAUAUAAAUUAAAUCCUUGUAGCAGAAAUCGCUGCGAAAAUGGCGCCACAUGUCUUAUAGGCUCAAACUAUAGAAAUUAUACAUGCGAUUGCCGUGUUGGAUUUGGAGGGAAUUUUUGUGAGAUGGAUGUAGACGAAUGUUCUAUGAGGAAUCCAUGUUUAAAUGGUGGAACUUGCAUCAAUACGCUUGGAUCUUAUGAUUGCCGUUGUCUAGAAGUUCCAUGUUUAAAUGGCGGAAAAUGUGUUGAUGAAAUUAAUGGUUACCACUGUGUCUGUCUGCCUGGAUUUACUGGUAGGCAAUGCGCAACAAAUAUAGAUGAAUGUGAAUUUUCACCAUGCGAAAAUGGUGCCACAUGUGUUGAUCGUAUAAAUGGAUUCGAAUGCGUAUGUCGUCGUGGUUUUAGCGGUAUAAGAUGCCAUAAAAAUGAUGACGAUUGUCAGCAAGGAUUAUGCUUAAAUGGUGGUACUUGCAUUGAUGGCGUGAAUGCAUAUCGAUGCCGAUGCCAGCGAGGAUUUACCGGGAAAAAUUGCCAGUAUCAGGUGGAUUUGGAACAAUUCAACAGGACUGACAUCCUCGAAAAUGAAAUUUGUGUUGAAAAUGAUUGUGCAAAAAAAGCUAAAAAUGGAAUCUGUGAUUCCGUUUGCAAUUAUUUUGUUUGCGACUAUGAUGGUGGUGAUUGCAGUGCGGGAACAAAGCCAUUCGAAAAAUGCGCGUCUCCGAGUUAUUGUGCGCACGUCUUUCGCGAUCAUAAAUGCGAUCCAAUUUGCAAUGAAGAAGAAUGUCUUUUUGAUGGAUUCGACUGCGAUUCUAGUGCUGAACGAUGCGAGAAACUUGAAUUUUGUACAAGACAUUAUCGCGAUGGUAAAUGCGAUGUAGGAUGUAACAAUGUUGGCUGUGCAUGGGAUGGAGGCGAUUGUGACGAGGACCAAGCGAAAAAUAUAACGGUCUCAUAUGUCUCAUUUUUAUAUGACUUGGCCGCUUUGGCUCGAAAUAGAAAUAAAUUAGGCCAAAAAUUGCGAGCAUCUGUUCGCAUACGCCUAUCUCAUGGUAGACCUAUGAUUUAUCCAUGGAAUUCUGAAGAUGGUGUCGGACCCAUGCUCGAAAUAUCUUCUGAGAGAAUGCCAGGUCUCUCGUUCAAUUAUAAGCUACAUGAAAAGAGAAGUGUCAAACACAUUCUCAGCGGUACAAUGGUGGUAUUAACUUUUGAUAUCGCUCAUUGCUUAAAAAAUGAUCGUGAAGACUGCUUUAGCGAUAUUGUCAAUGUUGUCAGUUACUUGGGUGCAGCUAGUGCAAAAGAAGGAUUAAAAGACCUUGGAAUACCGAUAUAUUCUGCUCGAGCUGAAAUCCAUCAUAAAGAAUCGACGGCCCCUUCUCCAUGGACGUCAGUUGCCAUUUGUUUUGUUGGGCUAGCUAUUAUUUUGGUAAUAUCUUCUGUUUUGAUGAUGCUGCAAGGACGAAAACGAAAAGUUAUCCAUGCGCAUAUAUGGCACCCUCCACCUUCAGAUAGUAAAUCUUCUACGGCUAAUCUGGAUACCUAUAGCAUUAAUACAAGUUUCUUUUUAAACGGUUGUGGGAAUGCAAAACGUAUGCAAGUGGAAAAUGUGCCUGUUGGAAUUGCACAUCCAAAUCUCUAUGUUGAUGAAGACUCCCAAUCGUUUCUGAAGCCAAAAACUGAAGCUAUGUCCCCACAGUCAAUUUCGUGGAGCCCUCUGCAUGAUGAAGCUGACGAAUUACAGCCAAUAUCUACUCCUAUCGACAAUACAUUUGUCAAUUUGAAAGGUAGAAAUGGCCGUACGCCUCUUAUGCAAACAGCAUCAAAUCAGCUAAAACCAGAGCAUUAUUCUAUUGAAGAUAUCAAAAAUCUUCUGGCAGCUGGUGCUGAUAUUGAUAUACAAGAUGAUCAUGAAGAUACUGCACUAAUGCUUGCAGUAAAAACUGGUCGUGUAAAAGUUGUGCAAUAUCUUUUGCUAGCUGGUGCUGAUCCAACAAUCGUCGACGAACGAGACCGGACAACUCUUCAUCAUGCAGUGGCAGUACAAUCGAUUGAAAUUGUACGGCUUCUACUGGAUACUCAGCGCAUAAACGUUGAUGCGAUUGACAUUGAGCAUAGAACUCCGCUUAUAAUUUGUGCUAUGUUUGAUAUGAUGGGUCCAGAUAUAGUUCUGAUGCUGCUCAAGGCUAAAGCGGAUGUUGCUUUUGCCGGAGAUAAAUCAUCAAUAAAUUACGAUGGAAAAACAGCGCUUCAUUUUGCAGCACAACAUUGCAAUAUCACUGUCAUCCGUGUCUUGGUGGAACAUGGUGCAAAUAAGGAUGCUCAAGAUCACUUGGAUCAAACUCCACUUUUUUUGGCUGCAUCAGAAGGACAUCUUGAAGCUGUUGAAUUGCUCAUUCAUCUAGGUGCUAGCAAAGAAAUAACCGACCAAAAAGAGCGAUCACCGCGCGAUAUUGCAGCUGAGAAAUUACACCUUGAUGUAGUUAAUUUUCUCGAUUCAACGCCUGUGAAGCGGAUUCCAACAGUAAACAUAUCUACUAGUGUGACGAAUUUUCCUGCACAAAGAUUUAAAAAAGGAACCAGAAAAACCAUAGUGAGACCAAUGCCAAAAAAAGAUCCAUCUCCUUCAUUUACUGCGUCAGCUCAAACAUCUCUAAAUUCUCUAAAUCCUUUGACUCCUCCUCCAUCUGAUGGAUCGAAUUAUUCGACUACUCCUUCACCGAAUAGUUUGCAUCCAUCGUUGAGAGGACUGACACAGAGUAUUCAACAAGAAAUCACAUCGCUUCAAUCUUCAUCCGUUUUAAUGUCACCAUUUUCGGAUCAUUUUAAUGUUAAUGGAUGUAGCCCUCCGCUUAUGAUAAGUGGUGUCGCUACAGCGUGGCAAAAAGCGGAAACCAUGCCACUAAAAUGUGAAGAAGGAUCGAAGCUCAAGUCAAGAGUGCCAUAUAAUCAACGAUUUCGUCAGUUGUAUGCUAACCAAUAUAAUGGUCAAGGAACAAUGAAUCGAUCUGUGGCAUAUCAUAAUGUAUAA